AUGUUACUGACGACCAUUCGAACAGCCUCGCGACACGCGACGCGAUGCAGCCCAUGCAGACUUAAAUCAACAAAUGCUAGGUUUCCUAGUGCUUCGGGAUCCAAAGCACAGAUCAUUUCGGAUCCCAAACCCAGCAGCACAGACCAACCACCACCACCACCGACCGACAACACUCCCUCCUCUGAACAGCAGAAACUUCAUGCAUCCCCAGUUCCGAGCGCGGCUGCUUCUCCUCCACCUCCGCCACCACCCCAAAGCGAAACACAAGCCCAUCCAUACGCCGGUGCGAAGGAAUACGCAGACAACCAAGAGUCCGCAAAGAACGCCGUCAUCCAAUCGAACCUCCCAGCACUCCUCCAACAAGAGCGACAAAAUAAUUCUGGGCAUAUCUAUACGUAUGCAACCCCGCCCUUUGAUACCCAUCGGUUUUAUACCGCUCUGGAGAAGACCUUCCCUGAAUCUAUUGCGAAUAGUUUGAUGCGUGCGACACGUGCUUUAUUGGUGGAUAGGAUAGGUCGAGUGAAGAGGGAAGCGUUGAGUGUGAAGAAUCUUGAGAAUCAAGCCUAUUUGUUUCGAGCCGCAUUGUCAGAAGCCAGGAAUGAGAUCUCCCUACGUCAGCGAAAUGAUUCUGCAACCAUACGCACGUCCUUAGCUGCGUUACGACGUGAAAUUGAUAGCUUGGACGGGAGAAUGAAGUCGGACAUUGCAAACCUCAAGCACGAACUACAGAUGGAUGUAGAUAAUCGGAAGACUGAAUCCAAGACAGACCUCAAACAAAUGGAUAUCCAGAUCGAGGAAGUCUUGAACAAAGCUAUCGUAUCGAUUGGUGAAAUGAAGACCAUGACAGAACAAAUGAAGUGGGAGAAUAUGUAUCGAGCCGUCUUGGCUCUGGGCUUUUUCGCGGUUUCAAUUAUCGUAACGUUCGAGUUCAACCAUAGACCACAAGCGAAGAAGAAAACCGCUGAAGGUCCGCCUGAGCCUCUACCAGGUCCAAAGCAGAACGAAGUUCUGGACGGUUUAGAAGGACAGAUGACAUGACGACCCCGCUCGCACCUGCUCUCAAUCUGAUGUUCCAAUUUAUAUGGAUAGAGAUGUAGAAGGAUAUAACGACACAUGUAAUUCUACAGCAAGGGAACGACGUUAAGGUAACAUACAUAGAUAGAAGAACUUAAUAGCGAAUACAUUUGCCCUAAUAAUAACCAACCCAAAUUAAAUGCCUAUGUUGCCCGGAAUUAAUGCACGUCGAGUUUCUUUUCGAGCUCGUCUGCAAGGGCGUCAUCAUCUGCGUUUGUAGUAGUUGCGGGCGCAGUUGUACUCGGCGUACUAGUCGUGGUGUUCUCUCGUUCUCCUAAUUGCGAGCCAUCACCACCCUUCACGUUCGACGAUUCCUUCACCGCAGCCUUAGGUUCCGCAGAUUUCUCCUCCUCAUCCGAAUCCUCCCAACUAUCCUUAAUAACCUUCUCCUUCUCCACCUGUUUCUUCGCUCUCCGCUUCGCGUUCUUCGCCGCGCUCUUCGUUAGUGGCUGCCCCCCGUCCUUAUUCGCCGCACCAGCUGCUGCACCCGGGGCGCUGACGCGUUUCGCUGUUGUUUCUGAGGAAGGUGCGACCCAGCCUAGGAUGUGUCCUUUUGGUAGCUGAUUCCGAUCGAGUUGUUGUUGUCGCGAGCCACGGAACCGAGAGAUGUCCUCUUGAGGCGUGAACCCUGGUCGGACCUUUAGUUGCUUGCGGACUGAUCCGUCUGGGCGUUUUGACUCUGGGAUAACGCGUUCAAGUGUCUUUGGAUCUACUGCGAUACCCGACACAGACUGCUUGGGGUUUAUGUCUGGCUUGGACAUGGUGCAGGAAGGAUGAGUACGGCCGGGCUGAAAGCGCC